UUGUGAGUAAGCGCGAAAGCCGCGUAAAUGUCAUCCCCGGCGUGACCGCAGAUGGCUCUCCUCCUCCUCCUCCUCCUCCUCGUCGUGGUCGCCGUCGUCAUUUUGCAGCGGGACCCGGCAGAACUCCUCCGAUGCCGGGCGGCAGAUGGAGCAUGAAAAAGUUCAUGCAUUAUGCAACAAAAGUCGCGGCAGAUGCGAGCGAGGAGCACCUGUCGCGACGAGACUGUAGCGCCGCGUUGCGCUUUCCAAAGUCCAACUACCGUCAUUCUGUCGUUCUUGCAUCGGUUCCCUUUUUAACUCUCCCAUCCGCUGCAAACUUUCACUUGAUAAGACCCUCAACAUUAGGCUCCUCCAUAUUUGGUGGAUUCGGCGUCCUAUUCGGUCCUGUGGGGUGUGCAAACUUAUGCAAACAGUUUACAGUUUUUUUGUUUUUGGGAGGGGUGACCCUAGUGAGGAUAAGCAGCAAAGAAAAUGGACGGAUGUAUGUUUUUUUCUGUAGUUAUCAUUGGGUGUGCAUACUUAUGCAAACACACAGUUUACGCUAACAUUCACUCUGAUUUUUUUCUUUUGAGGGGGCGACCCGAGUGAGGAUAAGCAGCAAAGAAAAUGGACAGAUGAUUUUUUUCUGUAGUUAUCACGGGGUGUGCAUACUUAUGCAAAAACAGUCUACGCUAACCUUCACUCUGAUUUUUUUGUCAGUUUUUUUUUGGGGGGGGCGACCCUAGUGAGAAUAAGCGGCAAAGAAAAUGGACAGAUGGAUGUUUUUUUCUGUAAUCACGGGGUGUGCAUACAUAUGCAAACAGUUUACGUUAACCACUGAAUUUUUAGGGGGGGCAAACCCUAGUGAGGAUAAGCGGCAAAGAAAAUGUACAGAUGUAUGUUUUUUUUCUGUAAUCAUGGGGUGUGCAUACAUAUGCAAACAGUUUACGUUAACCUUCACUCUGAUUUUUUGUUUUUUUUUUUUUGGGGGGGGGAGACCCUAGUGAGAAUAAGCGGCAAAGGAAAUGGACGGAUGUAUGUUUUUUUCUGUACUCACGGGGUGUGCAUACAUAUGCAAACACAGUUUAGGUUAACCUUCACUGAAAUUUUUUUUGGGGGGGGCAACCCUAAAGAGGGUAAGUGGCAAAGGACGGAUGGAUGCUUUUUUUCUGUAGUUAUCACGGGGUGUGCAUACUUAUGCAAAAACAGUCUACGUUAACCUUCACUCUGAUUUUUUCUGUCUGGUUUUUUUUUUGGGAGGGGGCGACCCUAGUGAGAAUAAGCGGCAAAGAAAAUGGACGGAUGGAUGUUUUUUUCUGUAAUCACGGGGUGUGCAUACAUAUGCAAACAGUUUACGUUAACUGAAUUUUUUGGGGGGGCCAACCCUAGUGAGGAUAAGCGGCAAAGAAAAUGGACAGAUGUAUGUUUUUUUCUGUAAUCACGGGGUGUGCAUACAUAUGCAAACACAGUUUAGGUUAACCUUCACUGAAAUUUUUUUUUUGGGGGGGGCAACCCUAAUGAGGAUAAGUGGCAAAGGACGGAUGGAUGCUUUUUUUCUGUAGUUAUCACGGGGUGUGCACACUUGUGAAAACAGUGUACGUUAACCUUCACUCAGAUUUUUUUUUUUUGGGGGGGGCAAGUUGAGUUGUACUUGGGGUCAAUUUUUAAAUAUCAAAAAAUAAAAAAGAAAAUGUUUGAGAAGCACUCGGGCAGACUUUUCGUGGUAUGGAAUGACAUCCCUCUCCUGUCCACGAGAUGGCGCAAUUUCGCAGUCAUUGACGCGACCCAACUCGUUUUCCUGCUGAUCCAGUAGUUUUCCUGUUUUCUUCUUCUUCUUUUUCCUUUUUCUUCUUCUCUCCCAUCCAGUCAGUAACCGCGAAAAGUCCGAUUGAAAAUUUUACUUUUUUACCCUUUUAUGGUCAUGGCCAAAUGUGGUUGCGCCCAAAAGAAAGAAAUAAAAAAAACAAACAAAAAAAAUCCCUCCUCCCAUCUCGGCGUGGUCGACUUCUCGGUCAUCGCCAAAAUAUGAAGAGUCGACCGGGGGAAUGGUGGUUUAUAAAAGAAAUUUGGCUUUAAAAAAAAAAAAGAAAGAAAAAUGAAAGGAGGACGAGCCUUUCAUUUGGGGGGGGGGGGGGGGCGUGGCUCGAGGUGGGCAAAGCGCGUCGCGAUUGGCUGCGAAGAGUCUCCCGGACGUCCACGAACUGGGCGGCUGCUCAUGUGCGCUUGUGACGGGACACAAGGAUGCAACUGGAACUUGACAUGGACGUGUCGGUACUCACUUAAACGCGACCAGCGGGGAGAAGGAGCGAGGCGAAAACAACAAACUUUUGUUCGCUCGGACAAGUUGGCGUCGAGGAGCGAGGAGCCCGUGGUGGAGGCGGCGGAGGGGGAGUAAAGGGAGGGCUCGCUCACCUGCGGACGGGACGUCGUCGGAGCUUCGACAAGUCAAGGCGACCACCACCACCACCAAAAAAAAAAAAAAAAAAAGGGGGAAGGGGGGCAAUGGCCGAGCACGAGAGCCUCGAGUUCGGCAUGGCCGACUUUGUGCUCCUGGACAACGUGUCCAUGGAGGACUUCAUGGCUAACCUCAAGCUCAGGUUCGAGAAGGGAAGAAUCUACAGUUACAUCGGCGAGGUGGUGGUGUCGGUCAACCCUUACCGCGCCAUGAACAUCUACGGCCGCGACGUGGUGGAGCAGUACAAAGGCCGCGAACUCUACGAGAGGCCCCCGCACCUCUUCGCCAUCGCCGACGCCGCCUACAAAGCCAUGAAGAGGCGCAACAAAGACACCUGCAUCGUCAUCUCCGGGGAAAGCGGGGCCGGCAAGACGGAGGCCAGCAAGUACAUCAUGCAGUACAUCGCCGCCAUCACCAACCCCAACCAGCGGGCCGAGGUUGAGAGGGUGAAGAACAUGCUGCUCAAGUCCAACUGCGUCCUGGAGGCCUUCGGGAACGCCAAGACCAACCGCAACGACAACUCCAGCCGCUUUGGCAAGUACAUGGACAUCAACUUUGACUUCAAGGGAGACCCCAUCGGCGGCCACAUCAGCAACUACCUGCUGGAGAAGUCGAGAGUGAUCGUCCAGCAAGAAGGAGAGAGGAGCUUUCACUCGUUCUACCAGCUGCUCCGAGGUGCUCCCGACGCGUUGCUGCGUUCCCUCCAUGUCCAGCGGGACCCCAAAAGCUACAAUUACAUCAAAGUGGGCGGCCAGCUCAAGUCAUGCAUCAACGACGGCGCCGAUUUCAAAGCCGUGGCCGACGCCAUGAAAGUGAUCGGCUUCACGGGGGACGAGGUCCUCACGGCUUACAAGAUCCUGGCCACCAUCUUGCACCUGGGGAACUUGACGUUCGGCGUGGACGGCGACGUGACGCUGAUCGAGACCGCCAAGCUGGUGUCGAUCACGGCCGAGCUGCUGUCCACCAAGCAGGACAACGUGGAGAAGGCGCUGCUGUUCCGCACGGUGGCCACGGGCCGCGACGUCAUCGAGAAGCAGCACACGGCGCAGGAGGCCGGCUACGGACGCGACGCCCUCGCUAAGGCCAUGUACGAGCGUCUCUUCUGUUGGAUUGUGGGACGCAUCAACGACAUCAUCCAGGUGAAAAACUACGACGCCAGGGUCCACGGGAAGAACACGGUCAUCGGGGUUCUGGACAUCUAUGGCUUUGAGAUCUUCCAGAACAACAGCUUUGAGCAAUUCUGCAUCAACUAUUGCAACGAGAAGCUGCAGCAGCUCUUCAUCCAGCUGGUGUUAAAGCAGGAGCAGGAGGAGUAUCAGCGAGAAGGCAUCCCGUGGAAACACAUCGACUACUUCAACAACCAGAUCAUUGUAGACCUGGUGGAGCAGCAGCAUAAAGGCAUCUUCUCCGUGCUGGACGAAGCCUGCAUGAACGUUGGGAAAGUCACUGACGAGCUUUUCCUGCAGGGACUCAACGGCAAGCUUGCCAAACACGCUCACUACACCAGCCGCAAGCUGUCACCGACCGACAAGAAUCUGGAGUUCGACCGCGACUUUCGCAUCCGCCACUACGCUGGAGAUGUGGUUUACUCGGUGGUGGGUUUCAUCGACAAGAAUAAAGACACCCUGUUCCAGGACUUCAAGAGGCUGCUGUACAACAGUUCCAACCCGGUCCUGAAGGCCAUGUGGCCCGAGGGCAAGCUGAGCAUCACCGAGGUCACCAAGCGGCCGCUCACCGCCGCCACGCUCUUCAAAAACUCCAUGAUCUCCUUGGUGGAGAACCUCGCGAGCAAGGAGCCCUACUACGUGCGCUGCAUCAAGCCCAACGACGUCAAGUCGCCGCUGCUGUUUGAGCGCGAGCGCUGCCGCCAUCAGGUGGAGUACCUGGGCCUGCUGGAGAACGUGCGAGUACGCCGGGCCGGGUUCGCCUACAGACAGACGUACCCGCGAUUCCUGCAGAGGUACAAGAUGAUCUCGGAGUUCACGUGGCCCAACCACGACCUUCCUUCGGACAAGGAGGCGGUCAAGCGGCUCCUGCAGGGCUGCCAUUUCGACGACGACGUGGCCUACGGCAAGACCAAAGUGUUUGUGCGCACGCCGCGCACGCUCUUCAGCCUGGAGGAGCAGCGCGCCGAGAUGCUGCAGAGGAUCGUCCUCUUCCUGCAGAAGGUGUGGAGGGGCACCAUCGCCCGGAUCCGGUACCGGCGCAUGCGGGCGGCCAUGGUCAUCCUGCGGGCCUACCGCCACUACAAGGUCAAGUCGUACGUUCGCGAGCUCAACCGCCGCUUCCGCAACGUGCGCUCCAUGAAGGACCGCGGCCGGCACGUCAAGUGGCCCACGCCGCCCAAGGUGCUGCGCAGGUUCGAGGAGGCUCUCAGGAACAUCUACAACAGGUGGUGGGCAUGGAUGCUGAUCAAAGGCCUCACUCCGGAGGAGGCUCUGCAGGUCAGGGCCAAGGUGGCCUGCUUGGAGGCCCUCAAGGGCCACAGGGCUGACCUGGGCCUACAGAGGGCCUGGGAAGGAAACUACAUGAAGCGAGACAGCCCCAACAGCACGUCGUCCUUCACGUUGGUCUCCAGCGAGCUGCAGCGCAAAGACAAAUUCAUGCGGGUGCUGUUUGCGUGCAACGUGCGCAAAAUCAACCGCUUCCACAAGGCGGAGGACAGAGCUGUGCUGGUCACCGACCGCCAUCUGUACAAGAUGGACCCCCUCAGGCAGUACAAACCCAUGAAGAGCAUCCCCCUCUACAACGUGACGGGCGUGAGCGUGUCGCCCGGCAAGGACCAGCUGGUGGUGUUCCACACCAAGGACAGCCGCGACCUGGUGGUGUGCCUGCAGGGCCUGGUGCCCGCCAACGAGAGCCGCAUCGGCGAGCUGGUGGGCGCCCUGCUGGGCCACUUCAAGAGCGAGCGGCGGAAGCUGCAGGUGAACGUCUGCAGCCCCAUCCAGUGCAGCAUGAACGGCAGGAAGUGCACCAUCGUGGUGGAGCCCAAGAUCAACCAAUCGCAGCCCGACUUCAGCAAGAGCCGCGCCGGCUACGUGUUGGCCGUCCCCGCCGACUGAAGGAUGAGCGGCGCGGCGGGGGAGGGAGCGCCCCCAGCGGGUCUGGAAGGUGAUUGACUUGUUUUGGGCGUCGUCCAAUCGCAGCUUUAGACAGUUAGCGCUGCUGGAUCAUCCAACAAAAGUGUCCCCCCCCCCCCUUUUUUUUUAAUUUUUAAUUUUAAUUUGCUUUGUGCAAUAUUGAUUCUUUUUGUUGUCGAUUCAAGUUUCAAUUUAAUAACUUUUAUGUUUAUGAAAGAUUUCAAGUGGAAGCUCAAUAAUUGUAAACGGUGUCCUUGCCAAAGGCAUGUCUUGAUUUUUGUCUUUUUCUUUUUUUUUUUUUUUUUUUCUGGAGCUGCGAUGUGCUGAGCACAUCUGCGAUUUUAAUUUAAAAAUGUCGCAUUUAAUACGCAAGCGAUCGGCAGUUUUGGCUCACGGUUGCGAUUCUCCGUUUUUCGACUCGGGCUUCCUCCCAAAUUCCAAAAACACGCACCUCGGCUUUAUCGGACUCGCGAAAUUCAACGGAUCUCAAACUGGGGUCCGCAAAAUAAUCGUAAUCAUUAAGAAAAGUGCGUAACUACUGUGUAUAUAUGAGGACUGGCGCACUAAUAACAUAAAUAAUAACCGGCGAAAUUCGAGUUUAAUUAGUUCUUCACUCCAUAGAAAUUAAUGGAAAUGCCAUUAAAUAGUUUUAGAAUCCCACUAAAAAAAAAAAAAAAAAAAAAAAUUUAUAUCGUGAAAGUAACACUCUAAAAUAUAUAUUUCUAUAAAUUACAAUAUUAUAGAGUAUUACUUUCAUAAUGUGACUAAAUAGAAUGUAAAGAAUUUUUCGCAUGAUUAGUUCCGUGCUUCACCACUUGGGGCGGUAUAAUAUCCACGCAGUGCCUCGGUAAAGCUGCCGCCAUACGUUUCGUUUAUCGUGGAGGAUAAAGAAUAUAUGCGUGUGCGUAUUAUUGUCUGCCGCACCAAAAACGGGAAAGUUGCGUUCGUUCGGAUCCCGAGGCACAGCUGCGUUAGAAGAACCCGCCGUUUUCGCGUCAGGGUGCGUUAGCCGCCGUGCUAACAGAUGCUAACAGACGCCAUUGCACGCAACCCAAAGGACACACACACACACACACGCGCGGUAGUUUGUCAUGUCAUGUGACAAAGUACUGCGUGCUUGCAUAGCGUGUAGCGAUUCGCGUUCAGUGGCGCGCGACUGAAGCGGAGGUGCGUGCGCCCGAGUCCCCGGUCCGCUCGGCCUCGGGACCAACGCGCAGUCACGCCAAGAAGAAGAAAAGUGGAGGACUCUCUGCUUUCUCCUUCUUCUUCUUCCUCUUCCUCUACUCCUUCUUCCUGUUCGCGCUUCCUCACAAAAUAUUUCUUCCUGUUUUUGCCUUUUGACAUUAUUCCUUCCAUUCUCCUUCCCUUUCCCCCUCCUUCCUCCACUUUUUGCCAAUCCUCACAAGUAAAAAAAUCACUCCGGCGUUGUACGCGCGUGCCAUUUGCGCGUCCCCGGUCGUCCCCGCGCCAAAUUGCCGCCAUCCUCCGUAAUUUAUUGUGCGUAUUGUGUGUGCAUUGCAUUCACGUGUGCCUCAUUUGUUGUCCUUUUCUGCAUACGUUUUCAUAUUCUUACCAGAAUAAACACUUCAUAACUUUUAA